AUGACUAAUAACAAGAAAUAUUCUUGUAUUAUAUUCAUUAUUAUAGUGUUACUUACAAUAUAUUUUACUUCCGAUAUAAUUUUCUCUAAAACACUUCUUAAAUUCAUUAUUGAUACAACAUCUAACCAAAGUAUUCAACAUUCCGAAGAUUAUAUAAAAAAUCAUGUUCAAGAACCAUCAGAUGAGUUAAAUGCUCAUUGGCUUCGUCUCAUCAAACAUUAUGUUCCUUUACCGUUAGAAAGUGGUUAUGGGUCUCAUAAGCUUGCGCUCCUUGCUGCACUUCUAUUAACAGCUAAAGAUGGUGGACCUGUAGUGGAAAUGGGUUGUGGUUACCAUUCAACACUUCUUCUUCAUCAAUUAGCUGUGGAUAGGCAAAAACGUUAUGUUCUUUCGACCGACACUGAUCGCGAAUGGUUACUCAAAUUUCAGAACAAUAUGUCGUCAUCUCUCCACCAAUUUCGUUUUAUUAAUCGUGUCUCGGAAUGGAAUAGUGUUGGAAAUGAUCGACCUCGAUGGUCAAUAGCGUUCAUCGAUCACAAACCAGGCGAACGACGUGUAGUAGACAUCAUUCGUUUAAUUAAUAUGACUGAUCUCAUUAUUGUACAUGACAGUGAAACUGCUUCAUACCAAUAUGAACGAGGUCUUCAAUAUUAUCCCUAUAGAUAUCAUUAUACUUAUUUGUCAACGGCUACGGACGUCGCAAGUAGAACUAAGGCAACACUUUUAAGCAAUAUCAAAUAUUUACUUGAAUUGACGAUUAAUUUGAAAGUACCUAAGCAAUGA